AUGGAGGAGGCACCGGCCCAGCUCUACAUCGGGUCGGACACCGAGGACAGCGACAUCGUCUCCGAAGCGUCUGACGCCACAGGUGACAGCUGGGCAGUUCUCAACCAGCCUGAGGACGAGGACGAGGACGAGGAGAUAGAUGAGAGCGAGGAGAAUGAGUCGGAAGAGACAGAGGGAGAGGCCAGUGGGGAGGAGGAUCUGCCGGAGCCAGGCUUCCUGAGGCAGGCCGACGCCCCCGGCCCUCCUGAGGUGCCGCAAACCCGCCUCUUCCAGCAGAACCAGGAGGUUCUCGAGCUUUGCCGCAGCCAGACGAUCUUUCAAUACGUGCUCUUGGCGGUCCUGGCGCUGCUACUCUUCCGCGGUCUCACGGCGCCAUCCCGCGCGGAGCUGAUCGACGAGCCGGAGGCGCAAUAUCUUCGCGUGCUGCAGGAGCGCGCCGCCUGGGAGAGCAACUACUCGCAGCUGCAGCAGCUGUGGUUCGAUUGCCGCCGCCAGGUGGAUGCCAUCCAUGAGCCUGCCGCGAGCUGCGGAGGUCGCACAGAGGGUUGUACGGCCCGCCUGGCGAAGCUCGAGGGCGACUACGAGAAGCUCGCGGAUCAGUGCGCGAAACAGGAGGAUGACCUUCGCUGGACAUCUGGGGGUGGGGGAGUUCUGUCGGAAGCUCGAGCAGAGAGGUCGCAGGCCUUUGCAGAGCUUCAGCUCGAGGACGAGCAGGGCCUCGUGGCCUUGGACGUGGGCUGCGUGCGGCGCCUGGCGCGCCUGGUGGCGAUGUCCAAGGCGCAGGUGGUGGUGAGCAGCACCUGGGGCAAGGACCCAGCACUCUACGAGCACCUGCUGAGCUCCUUGCAGCGGCUGGGAGGGGACGCGCUGCGCAAUGCCGUGGUGGACGUGACCCCGCGCGGGUCGCUGGGACGGGGCUUCGAGAUCUUGCAGUGGCUGGAGGCCUCCAAGCCUCCGGAUGGAGGUGCUUGGCGGGCCGCGAUCUUGGAGGACAGCGAGGGGCACUUCGCGAGCAUCGAGGCGGCGGGGCUGGGGGCGUGUCUGGUGAAGACGCAGCUGGGCCCGGAGCUCGAGGAGGGUCUCACGGAGGAGGCUGCGGAGAAGGCCCUGAAGCUCCUGAAGGAAGCGGAGGCCCAGGCUGAUGCAACUGGGACCCAUGGACGUCGCGACGUCGGGACCGCGAGCCGCGAGCUGAAAGCUUGGAACGACAGAGGCACCGAGGUCGUGGCUGGAGAAGCCUUCGGGGACUUCGAUCCGCUGGUCUUUCCUGGGCAGAUGGCGCGGGAAGCCAAGGAGUGCGCCAGGAACCAGGCGCGCUUGGAGGAAGAGGUGGAGUCCUUGAGGUCCUCGGAGGAGGGCUGCGAGGAGGGCUGGUCCUCCUGCCGCGAGCGGCUGGCCGAGGAGCUUCACACGCAGACGGAGCUCAGGAGGGAGACCAGCGCUUGCAAGCAGAGCUUCGAGCAAAUGCUGCAAAGCUGCGGGGACGAGAAGGACACCGAGGCAUAUCGGGACCAGCUGGAGGGAGAGGUGACCACGCUGAGGGCGCAGCAACUCGCCACGCAGCAGCGCUACGCGCAGCUCAACGCAGCGCUCACCGAAGCGCAAGAGCUGAGGAGGGCAGAGAAUGCCGACUGGAAGCAAAAGCACGAGAAGCUCCGGGCCGAGUUGGCGGAGAGCCAACAGAUCCGACAGGAGGCCGAGGAGCGGGCGGAGGCUUUGAAGCAGGAGGCGGAGUAUCUGAAGCGCAAGCUGCAUGGUGAGCAGCAGGGAGAACAUCCCUGGUGGUUCCACCAGGUGGAGGAUUUCAGGAAGCGUAUGAGGGAGGAGUGGCUCCGACACGCGCAGAAGCAAGGCAACCCGUACCUGAAGGAAUGGCUGGACCACGCCCGGAAGGAGACGGAGGACGUGGCGGACCGCCUCCGCGAGAAGUACGAGCACGCGCGCAGAAAAGGUGUGGGCCGCUCCGGGUGCAGCCGGCAAGCAUCUGCCGACUCGAGGCCUUCGGCUGACGGGGCGCCGAUUGGCAAAGGCCCGCCGAAAGCCGCAGUGGAGUUCAAGACUUUGGUGUUGACGCCAAGCGUCUGGCAGAACCAGCGACCGCGCUUUGUGGGCCAUAUCUCCCUGGAGCCUGUGGAAGGCCAGGAGAAGCCGCGCGUCUUCUUGCGCCCGAAGAGUGGCGCAGAGUUCCGCCUGUGGCCGGACAGCCCGAAGGGUGCGCUGCAAUGGCUCAGCCUUAGCGCGGCCCCGGAGGAGGGGUUCUGA